AUGUUACCCAAACCUCCGGAAGACGACUACGAUAGCGCAGAAGAUGGAGACUACGUCCCGCCCAAGGAGCCUGAUUCGGACGAUUCAGAGGAUGGGGAGGCUCUGUUGGAGGAGCCGGUGAAGGAGGCGACGACAGAGGAAUCUCUGGAGCAGAAGAAGAAACGCGAGGCUUUGUGGGCGAGCUUCCAAGCCUCUGCUACUUCGUCGAACGGGGAUGGAGGAAGCGCUCUGAGUCCCAUUACGAAGGAGAAGAGGAUGAUAAAAGUGGAGAAGCGUUAUCGAUUUGCGGGGAAGGAGAUUGUCGAGGUUGUUGAGGUAGCAGAAGACUCGCCGGAUGCGAAAAAGUGGCCCCAGUGGAACGUACAUGGCCAACCAGAGGAUACUCAGGUUGAGAAGGCCCAGCCUGCGAGCGCUUCACUCGAUUCAAAGCCGUCGAAUCUACCCUCCACCAAUACCCCACCAAUACCACCAACAUCUCUUUCCUCUCAGUCAACUCCUCCAGAACCGUCUACUGCAAGGGAAAUCAACUCCGGUCUGGCGUCGACAUCGGCGUCUGCCUCCGCACACUCCUCUCCACCUACCGCCACCACAGGUACACCAGCACCGAAGCGCCCUGGUCCACGCAAACCACGCACGUCCCUCCCUUCUCUCCCCUCGUCAGGAAACAAGGCGAAGAAGCUGACGACGCUCGACAAAUCCGCGAUGGACUGGCGUGCACACGUUUCUACCCAGCCGAGUACUGUGGCCGACGAACUCGUGCAGAAUCAGCGCGGGGGCGGAUACCUUGAAAAGGUCGAGUUUUUGGAUAGGGUCGAGGAGAGGAAGGAAAGUGUACUGGAGGAAGGAAGAGGAAAGAGGAGAAAACUGGGAGGGUAG